UCCAGCCACGCCUCGUCACUCGCCACCCACACUGCGCAAGCGCAACGCAUAUGCCAAAUCGCCAUCCUUGCGAUGUGAUGCGAUGCGAUGCAGCUCUCACCUCUCGUCUCGCCAGCAAUGUCGCACCAGAUUCUCCACACCUCCAACCCCACGCUGCCGACGCCACCUCAGCCGCACAACCACCACCCGCCGGUGCCGCCACCGCCCAAGCUCGGUCGCCGCGCUGCGCUCGCCAUCGCGGCCGCUCCGGCCAUCCUCAGCGCCACACCCGCACCAUCCAGAGCGCAGGAAGCAGCAGCCGCCGCCGCGGCGCCCUGCAUCGCCGACCUGCCCGUCACCGCCAAGGCCUUCCUGGACGUGUCCAUCGGCGGCGAGCCGGCGGGCCGCAUCACCAUCGGCCUCUUCGGCGACGCGGCCCCCGCCGGCGCGUCGCGCUUCCUGUCGCUCGUCACGGGCGUCGGCUACCGGCGCAAGGAGUUCGUCAAGAUCGUGCCGGGCUACGUGCAGCACGGCGGCGUGGUGUCGUACCCGGCCAUCCCGGCGGUGACCGAGCGGCUGGCGGCGGAGAUGGGCGCCGUGCGGGCGCAAUGCGGCGGGGAGAGGAGCCCGCACGCGGCGGCGGGGGCGGUGUCGAUCGUGGUGAGGGACCCGAGCCUGCCGCCGCCCAAGCCCAAGCUGGUGGCGCGCGGCGGGAAGCUGGAGGUCGACCAGGAGCAGGUGGGCGUGGUGCCCAACGGCACCGAGUUCGUCAUCACCACCGGCGACGCGCCGGAGCUGGACGCGUCGGCGCUGGUGGUCGGGAGGGUCGUGGACGGCAUGGACGUCCUCGGCAAGAUCGCAGCCGUGCCCACCGUCAAGGAUAACACUGCCUCUCCAUACUUCAGAGUAGCCAAGUUGAUCGGGGACAAGAGAGCAGUGGUUGCAGAGCGAGGGUUCAACCGCCCAUACACCAAGAUCCUAAUCACCAAUUGUGGAGUCAUUGAACAGCAGCAGGAGCAGUAGAGUGCUUUGUUUCUGCCUUGCCUUUCAUGUCUCUAGUUUGUGCAAAGGGUAAUUAUUAUUGGAACUCUGUUUGCAAGAGGAUUUUGAUUACUCAUGGACUGAUAUAGGCGAUGGAGAGGAUUAAAAAGGAUUGUGAAGAGAUGAGAGUCUUUGUAAAACGCAUGUCACACUGUGCUUACAGAACACCAACUUAUGUUAUUAAAAAGAGAUGGAGGAUA